AUGUUGGACUUAAAGUCUGGCUAUUGCCAAGAGGAGGUAGAGGAGGAAAAUGGGCAAAGGAAAAUGGCGUUCAUUGUUUCAGACAGUCUCUACGAUCGUCAAGCAAUGCCAUUUGUACUCUGCAAAGGUGCGGUCACUUUUAAGCUACCAGUGUAUACAGCUUUGGGCUUCCUCUCCCCAAAACACUGCCUUGUCCACACUGAUGACAUCCUCGCCUUUGGUAGGGAUAUCCAACAGCACAACUUCAACCUUCGAGCAGUGAUGGAUCGCUUAUGA